AUGAAUUACCAAAAGAAACCCAAGCCAAAGUUGUAGUUAAAUGUUGCAAUCGCUGAUGUUUAACCUGAAAGCACUCACUCUUCUGAUGGUUGGAAGUAACAAACAGACAUAUUUUUCCAUGAACCCAUGUAUUAUUCAAUUUAUUCAUAGUUAGAGAUUAGUCAUUACAAUUUUCACAUAAUGGAAAGACAGUUGCUGAUGUGGCUCAACUUAAGUGUGGUAGGAAGUAUCAAGAAGACAGAGUACUAAAUCUUCUUAAUUUAAGUUUGUUGCCAUUCCCAAUCUUAAUCAAAACAAAGAGGCAUAAUUCUUUUAUGCAGUCUAUGAUGGUCAUGCCGGUCAUUCUGUGUCUACUAUUCUCGAAAAUAAUCUACAUAAAUACUUAUAAGAGGAAAACAAUUUCAGUGAUAAUUUGGAGAAGGCAAUUAUAAAUAGUUUUGAGAAAAUGAAUCAAUACAUCCUUGAUUGUCAAUAAGAAAACCAGUUGCAAGGGGGUUCUACUGCAAUUUGUGUUAUAAAUAGGCAUAAAGAUCUCUAUAUUGUCAAUUUGGGGGAUUCUGCUUGCGUUUUAAUCAAUGAGGAUUGUGAAAUUAAGAAAUUGAAUCUUGAGCAUAAACUUAAUAGAGAAGAUGAACUCAAACGUGUGGAACAAAUGGCAACUAUUCUAGACAGACAGUAUUCUCAUCUACUAAUUUUAGUUCUAUCCCAAGGAUUAAUGGAGAAUUAGCAGUAACCAGAGCAUUUGGAGAUAAAAAACAUAUACAAGCUGGUUUGAUUGCCAUACCUGAAAUCAAAAUACAUCAAAUAGAUUAAAAAGAUAAAUACUUGAUUUUGGCAUCUGAUGGUUUCUGGGAUGUAAGAUUAUAAACUUAAUUAGAUUAUUAAAAACGAUGAGUUAAAACAAUUGAUUGAAAAUUGGAAUAGAAAGGAAAUAGAUUAAUUAGCAUAAUAUCUCUUGGACAAAGCAGCCUCCAAAAAUACUAACUAUAAAAAAGAUAAUAUGACUCUAAUUGUCGUAGAUAUCUAAUCUUAUUGGAAAUGA